AGAGAGAGAGGGAGAGAGAGAGAGAGAUGGUGAGUAGAAGUAAUGAUAGUAAUGGAGGGGAUGAGGGGGCGGAGGAGGAAGAGCUUCGUCCACUGUUUGAGACGAGGAGGGUGAAGGGAGGAGGGAGAUACAGGGCGUUUGCGGCCACCGUGUGGGCCGGAAUAUGCCUGAUAUGGGUUUACAGAGCCACCCAUCGGCCGCCGUCUGCGGCGGAUGCAGCCGGCGGGGAUGGUGGUGCUAUUGGUGGCAUGUGGGGAUAUUGGGGUUGGGUGGGGCUGUUGGGAUCCGAGAUGUGGUUCGGUCUCUACUGGAUCCUGACCCAAGCCGCCCGCUGGACCCGCCUCUCUCGCGCCACCUUCCCCCGUCGCCUCUCUCUCAGGUAUGAGGAUGAAUUGCCAACAGUGGACAUAUUUGUGUGCACAGCAGACCCAGAAAUCGAGCCACCAAUGAUGGUGAUCAACACUGUUUUGUCAGUGAUGGCGUAUGACUACCCGCCGGAGAAGCUCAGCGUGUAUCUCUCCGACGAUGGAGGGUCCAAUAUUACUUUCUAUGCUCUCUUGGAGGCCUCUAGCUUCUCCAAGCACUGGAUACCUUACUGCAGGAAAUUCAAGGUGGAACCAAGGUCCCCAGCUGCUCAUUUUGCAUCCAUCUCUGACCACUGUGAUACCAAUCAAGCUAAGGAUUUAGUCUCUAUCAAGAAAUUAUAUGAAGACAUGGAGAAUCGAAUUGAAACUUCAGCCAAGCUAGGUCGAAUUUCCGAAGAAGUACGGUCAAAGCACAGAGGAUUUUCCCAGUGGGAUUCAUUUUCCUCUCGAAGUGAUCAUGAUACCAUUCUUCAAUUUAUAAUUGAUGGGAGAGACCCUGAGGCAACAGAUACCCAAGGCCGCACAUUGCCUACUUUGGUAUACUUAGCACGAGAGAAGAGACCCCAACAUCCCCAUAACUAUAAAGCUGGAGCAAUGAAUGCAUUGAUAAGGGUGUCAUCGCAGAUCAGCAAUGGGCAGAUUAUUCUUAAUGUAGAUUGCGAUAUGUACUCGAACAAUUCACAGUCCGUGCGAGAUGCCCUUUGUUUUUUGAUGGAUGAAGGAAAGGGUCAUGAGAUUGCCUUUGUGCAGUUCCCACAAAAUUUUGAGAACAUCACUAAGAAUGAUAUUUAUAGCAACUCAUUAAGGGUAAUCGCUGAGGUAGACUUUCAUGGUUUGGAUGGUAUUGGAGGUCCUCUAUAUGUUGGAACUGGCUGCUUUCACAGAAGAGAUGUUCUGUGUGGGUUGCAGUUCAAUGGGGAAAAGAGGGACAAAUGGAACAAAGCAAACACUUGGAAGGUAAAAGCAAGCGCAAGUGAAUUAGAAGAAAGCCUAAAGUGUCUUGCAAGCUGUACAUAUGAGAGAAACACUCAAUGGGGAAAUGAGAUAGGAUUGAAGUAUGGGUGUCCCGUGGAAGAUGUGAUAACCGGCUUGUUCAUUCAAUGCCAAGGAUGGAAAUCAGUCUAUUUUAAUCCAGAGAGGGAGGGUUUCUUAGGUGUUGCUGCAACCACACUAGCUCAGACUCUUGUUCAGCAUAAGAGAUGGUCCGAAGGCGAUCUUCAGAUUUUUCUUUCCAAGUACAAUCCCGUAUGCUUCGGGCACGGAAGGAUUAGCCCAUUGCUCCAAAUGGGAUACUGCACCUACUGCUUCUGGGCUCUUAACUGCUUUCCCACUUUGUACUACUCCACCAUCCCUUCCCUUUAUCUCCUCAAAGGAAUUCCUCUAUUCCCAGAGGUUUCAAGCCCAUGGUUCCUGCCAUUUGCAUAUGUCAUAGUCUCAAGCUAUGGUUACAGCUUGGUUGAGUUCCUUUGGUCCGGGGGCACGAUCCUCGGAUGGUGGAAUGAUCAAAGGAUAUGGCUAUACAAGAGAACAAGCUCCUAUCUUUUCGCCUGCAUUGAUACCGUUUUGAUGCUCUUGGGGUUUUCCAAUUCUGAGUUUAUAAUCUCAGCAAAGGUGGCUGAGGAAGACAUCUUGUGGCGAUACGAGAGAGAGAUAAUGGAGUUUGGAAUCCCUUCCCCUAUGUUUACCGUCUUGGCAACACUUGCAUUGCUUAAUCUGUUCUGCCUUCUUGGGGUGGUGAAGAAAGUGGUCAUGGAUGGGGGAAUUGCAGUUUAUGGAACAAUGGUUUUGCAAAUUCUCCUAUGUGGGUUUCUAGUUCUCAUCAACUUGCCAUUGUAUCAAGGUCUUUUCUUUAGGAAAGACAAGGGGAAGAUGCCACCCUCGAUCGCAAUGGGGUUUUGGUCACCCAGAUUUGCUUUUCUUGCAUUGCUUGUGGUAGUAUCGAGCCUGCAUGUAGUAUUUGGGAUUAGAUUUGCAAUAGAUAGGGAAGAGUGCUUCUCCCAUAAUGUCGAGUACGAAGGUGAUACAAUACACGUUUCAUUUGUUGUGAUUAAGGAUGAUUCCUGGCGGCAUUAUAGUGAAAACGGUGUUGAUCUUAUCGUGAAGGGACCUUCUGGCGAACAAAUUCAUGAUUCCCGUGACAAGACAAGUGAGAUGUUCGAGUUUGUAGCUCAUGAGAAAGGACUUCACCGGUUCUGCUUCACCAACAAGUCUCCUUAUCAUGAAACCUUGGAUUUUGACGUACGUGUUGGCCAUUUUGCAUACUAUGAUGAGCAUGCAAAAGACGAGCAUUUGAAACCUUUGUUAGAACAAAUAUCAAAGUUAGAGGAUGCUCUUUACAACAUCCAGUUUGAACAGCAUUGGCUGGAGGCUCAGACUGAUCGGCAAGCAAUAGUAAAUGAGGCAAUGGGCCGGAGAGCAAUCCACAAAGCCCUCUUUGAAUCUGCCGCCCUUGUUGGCGCCAGUGUUCUCCAGGUUUACCUUCUUCGCCGCUUGUUCGAGAGAAAGCUUGGGUUGUCAAGAGUGUAGCUUAUUUUUUCCCAUGGGGGGACUUAACUUUGUUAUUAUGAGGUAAUUAUCAACUGCAGAAAUACAGCAGGAAUAUUUCUAAAAUUAAUUAUAAAUGGGUCUUUUUCAAA